GUCACGUGGGGCGCGGGUGGCACUGCUCUCGCGAGAGUUUCUGGGUGUAUGUAAGAAGUGCGGGCGGAAGUGCGGCCUUUUCCCGCGGCGUGGAGACGGGGGCAGGAUGAAGCUCAACAUCUCUUUUCCGGCUACUGGCUGCCAAAAGCUCAUUGAAGUAGAUGAUGAGCGUAAGCUCAGGACGUUCUAUGAAAAACGAAUGGCCACGGAGGUGCUGGCUGAUUCCCUUGGCGAGGAGUGGAAGGGGUACGUUGUCCGGAUAAGCGGUGGCAAUGACAAGCAAGGCUUCCCCAUGAAGCAGGGCGUCCUGACCCACGGACGUGUCCGCCUCCUGCUCAGCAAGGGCCAUUCCUGCUACCGCCCCAGGAGAACCGGCGAGAGAAAGCGCAAGUCUGUCCGUGGCUGCAUCGUUGAUGCAAACUUGAGCGUCCUGAACUUGGUCAUAGUGAAGAAGGGUGAAAAGGACAUUCCUGGGCUGACUGACACAACUGUGCCCCGUCGUCUCGGUCCCAAGAGAGCCAGCAGGAUCCGCAAGCUGUUCAACCUCUCUAAGGAGGAUGACGUUCGCCAGUAUGUUGUGAGAAAGCCUCUGAACAAGGAGGGUAAGAAGCCCAGAACGAAGGCUCCCAAGAUCCAGCGACUGGUGACUCCUAGAGUGCUGCAGCAUAAGCGCAGGCGUAUCGCCCUGAAAAAGCAGCGCACUCAGAAGAACAAGGAGGAAGCUGCAGAGUAUGCAAAGCUGUUGGCCAAGAGGAUGAAGGAAGCCAAGGAGAAACGCCAGGAGCAGAUUGCCAAGAGGCGCCGGCUUUCUUCUUUGAGAGCUUCUACAUCCAAGUCUGAAUCAAGUCAGAAGUAAAGAUGUUGUACAUGAUACUGAAAAGACUUGCAUUUGAUAACCAAUAAACGCCUUUGGUGGCAAACUUCCAGUAUGA